GCCUCCCAGGAAAGCCAGAAGGAGGGCGCUACAAGGGCCCUCUGUCCCUCCUGGGGAAAUCCAAGCUUGCUUAAUUGCCUGCAGUGACUAAUAGAAGUCAAGGAAGAUGGACAGUAGUGGAUGAGUCCGUUGAUGUGACAGUUAUUUAGUGAGCUCCUGCCGUGUGCCAGGCAUGCUGACCUUGGCAGACAAGGUCCUUGCACUCAUGGAACUCACGUUCUUGUGGAGAUCCAAGUGGUAAACAAGCAAGAAGAAACAUAUCAGCUGGUGGCACAUCAUGCUUCCUUGUGUUCUAUCCUGAGCGGACGGCCUCUCUCUCCUCACCCUAGCUCGCCUCAAGUGGCUGUCACUCCCGCUUCACGAACGAUGCAGCCGGUGUCCCAGGGAAGAGGCCACUUGCUUAACUCCUCCAGGACAGCGACGGACGGACGAGCAUUCCAACCAGACCCAUGGACUCCCAGAUAUGGACGCGGAGAGAGAAGCGCUGCAGAGCACCGCCUACCCCGAAGUGCAGACCUUCUGCCAAAAGCACGGACUGAUGUUUGAGGUUGUUGAUCUGAGGUGGGGUAUUCGGAACUCUGAGGCCACUGAGCACAUGACCACAGAACUCUGCUUGGAGGAGCUCGACCGCUGUCGGAAAACAUCCAUAGGGCCGGCUUUUGUUGCCCUCCUCGGUGACCAGUACGGCCCCUGUCCUGUCCCCACGCUCAUCGAGGAGAAGGAGUGGGAGGCUCUGGGAGCCCAGCUGACCUCCAAGCCCCGCGACCUGGAGUUGGUGGCUCGACACUUCCGGAGGGACGAGAACGCCGUGCCCCCCACCUACCUGCUGCAGUCCCUGGGCAGCUCGGAGGCCCGUGGGCCCGAAGAGGCCACCCUGACCUCAGUGCUGCACGCGGGAGCCCAGGAGGCCCGGAGGCUGGGCCUCCUCAGCCAGGAGCAGUGGCGGCGCCAUCACUGGUCAGUCAUUGAGUGGGAAAUAGACCGGGGCCUGUUGAGCUGGACGGAUGGAGACCAGGGGGCCACUGUCUUCCUAAGAGAGAUCCAAGACCUCAACAAACACAUCCUGGAAGACUGCGCCCUCAAGAUGGUGGACCGGCUCCCCGACGGCUGCCUGGACACAGACGCCCAGAACCUUCUCAGUGGCCUCAAAGGACGCAUCGCCGACACGCAGCCUGGAGUUCUCAAGGCCCACCACCUGCCAUGGAGCCGAGACCUGGUGAACCCUAAAAACAAGGCUCAUGCUCGGUACCUGAAGGAGCUGGGGGAGCAGUUUGUGGCCAGGGCUAACCACCAGGUCCUUGAGCACCUGCGGGAGCUGGAGGCGGGCAGGCAGGACUUGGCGUGGCUCUACCAAGAGGUCCGCCACCACCUGGGGCUGAGUGCCGAGGCCAACCGGGCUUUCUGUGGGCGCCAGGAGCUCCUGGCCCAGCUGGGGCAGCGGCUCCGCCAGAGCGACAGCCACCCCCACUCGCCCCUGGUGCUCUUCGGACCCCCGGGCAUCGGGAAGACGGCGCUGAUGUGCAAGCUGGCGGAACAAAUACCAGGGCUGCUUGGCCGCAAGACAGUGACCGUGCUGCGGCUCCUGGGGAUGUCACAGAUGAGCUCCGACGCCCGCAGCCUGCUCCAGAGCCUCUGCUUCCAGGUGUGCCUGGCUUACGGGUUGCCCCUGCCCCCUGCCCAGGUCCUGGAGGCCCACGCCAGGGUGGUCCAGUUUUUCCACACCCUCCUCCACACCGUCUCCUGCAGAAACUUCGAGUCCCUUGUGAUCCUGUUGGACUCCAUGGACGAUGUGGAUUCCAUCCGCCACACCCGGAGGGUCCCCUGGCUGCCUCUCCAGUGCCCCCCGAGGAUCCACCUCAUCCUCUCAGCCUGCUCAGGGCGGCAGGGGAUUCUAGACACCAUGCAGCAGACGCUGACCGACCCGGAGGCCUACUGGGAGGUGAAACCCCUCUCCGGAAACCAAGGGCAAGAGAUGGUCCAGCUCCUGCUGGCAGCCUCCAGGAGGACACUGAGCCCAGGGCAGACGGAACUGCUCUGGGCCAGCCUCCCAGAGUGCGGGCACCCGGGGCGGCUGAGGCUGGCCUUCGAGGAGGCCCGCAAAUGGGCCUCCUUCACCAUUCCUGCCCCCCUGGCCUCCACUGCUAAAGAAGCAAUGCACCAACUGUGUGCCCGUCUGGAGCAGACACACGGGCAGCUCCUGGUCGCCCACGUGCUGGGCUACAUUGUGUCUUCCCGGCAUGGGCUCUCAGAGGCAGAGCUGAAGGACGUCCUGUCCUUGGAUGACGAGGUCCUGCAGGCGGUCUACAGGGACUGGACCCCGCCCAGCAAGGAGCUAUUGCGUUUCCCACCGCUGCUCUGGGUGCGGCUUCGCCGGGAUCUGGGCCACUGCUUGGCCCGGCGGCCGGUGCACGGCUUCACGCUCCUGGCCAUGGCGCACAGGCAGCUGGCCGAGGUGGUCCAAGAGCGCUACCUGUCCGGGGCCGAGAGGGCCAGGACGCACGGGGUCUUGGCUGACUUCUUCUCAGGGGCCUGGAGUCAGGGUAUCAAGAAACUCAUCACCCUGCCGCUCGUGGGGAAGCCCCUGAACCUGGACCGCAUGGUGGCCCCUCAGCCCCUGUGGUUCUCAGACACGGUCGCAAAUCUGCGGAAGCUGACGGAGCUGCCUCAUCACCUGGUCCACUCAGGCCGCCUCGAGGAGCUGAAGCAGGAGGUUCUGGGCAGCAUGAACUGGAUCUCCUGCCGCGGCAUCUCGGGAGGCCUUGAGAGCCUGCUGGGUGACUUUGACCUGUACGCCCCUCACCUGGACUGUCCAGAGGUCGGCCUGGUCCGGGAAGCCCUCCAGCUCUGCCGCCCGGCCGUGGAGCUCCGAGGCCUGGGUGAGUCGGCCUGGCGGGGGGCCCAGAACUGGUUCCGGAUGUGCCCACAUCCUGUGCUGAUACCGCUGGCGGGGUUCCUCCAGCCGCCAGGAGGACCCCUCCGGGCAACCCUCACGGGCUGUCACAAGGGUGUCACCGCCAUGGCGUGGAGCGUGGAGGAGAAGCUGCUGGUCAUCGGCACCCAGGACGGCGUGGUGGCCGUGUGGGACACGGAAGAGGAGCAGGUGGCCCAUAUCCUAACGGGACACACAGGAGAGGUGAAGUAUGUGAAGGUGUUUGCCAAAGGGAUGUUUGCCCUCUCUGCCUCCAAGGAUCACACACUGCGCUUGUGGAACCUACUGUCCGGCCAGGAGAAAUUCACCAUUUGGGAUGGAGACUCAAAACAUCCCAUUCAACCUGAGACCUGGAGUCUUCACUUGGAUGAAACAGAGAAGGUUGUGUAUUUGGCAACUGGCUCAAAGGUCAGCGCGUGGAAUCUAGAAACCGCAGAACUGGUGUUCCACAUCCUGGGAGACCCCUCUGACCGCUGGCUGCUCACAGCGGUGCUGGCUUCCCGGGCCACACUGCUCGCCGUGUCUCAGCAUGGCGUGGUCAGUCUGUGGAGCUCAGCCACGGGGAAGCCCCAGGGGAGACGGCCUUUAUCCGGAAUCAAGGAAGAAACGCCUACCUGUGGGGUCUCGGUCCAGAAGCAAGAGAAGAUGGUCACAGGGUUUAGCAAAGGCUCCAUCUGCCUGAUUUCCCCCGAAGGAGACAGGCUGCUGGAGAAGCUUCCGGAAGCCGUGAGGUUCCUGGUAGUCUCUGAAGACGAGUCCCUUCUCGCUGCAGGGUUUGGAAGGUCUGUGCGAAUAUUCUUGGCAGACUCACAGGGGUUUCAUCGAUUCAUGGCCACCGACCUUGAGCACGAGGACAUCGUGGAGACAGCCAGCUUUGGUCCUGAGAACAACCUGAUUGUCACUGGGUCCCGGGACGCACUCAUUCAGGUGUGGAGUGUGUCAGAGCAGGGGACCCUGCUGGACAUUCUGGAAGGUGUCGGAGCCCCUGUGAGCCUGCUGGCCUGGGGUGGGGCCUUGGUGGCGACUGCUUCGCAGCAGUCCUCAUCUUUUAAAGUCUGGGACCUCACAUCUGUUCAGAAGCCGAGGGUCGGUACCCCAUUUCUGGAUCGCACUGGCCUCACUGCGGUGUCACACAACGGAAGCUACGUUUACUUCCCCAAGAUUGGGGACAAGAACAAAGUUACCGUUUGGGACUUAGCGGAAGGUGAGGAGAAAGACGCCCUGGACACCUCCAAUGAGGUCAGGUGUCUGGAGGUGGCCCAGCAGGCCAAUCUCCUCUUCACCGGCCUCGUUUCGGGGGUCGUCCUGGUGUUCCCCCUGAAUUCCAGACAGGACGUGAUGUGCAUCCCCCCUCCCGAGGCCCGGAAAGCCAUCAACUGCAUGGCCCUUAGUCAAGACGAGAAGCACCUGGCCAUCGCCUAUGACAGCAUCGUCCUGGUGCUGGACAUCAGCCCCGGGGACCCCUGUCCGGUUAUCGAUGGGCCAAUAUACACCUUCUACACCCAGCUGCCCGAGACUCUCUCCAGCGUGGCCGUCCUGGCCGACUACCGCGUGAUCUAUGGCAUGACCAACGGCGACCUCUUCCUUUACGAGUGCGCGAAUUCCAAAGUGUUCCCUCUGGAGGCCCACGGGAGCCGGGUCACCUGUGUGCAGGUCAGCCACCAGGAGCAGCUGGCGGUCAGCGGAUCCGAGGAAGCCUUGUUGUGUCUCUGGGACCUGCAGUCCUGCAAGUGGAGAUUCGAGAUGUGCUACACGAAUUCUUACUGUAGAGGAGUCCAGUGUGUCUGCUUCUCCAAAGAUGACAAGUAUGUGUACGCAGGCUUGAAGGAUCGCUCCAUAAUCGUCUGGAGUGUGCUGGAUGGCACCCUGCUGGCUGUCCAGUUUGUCCACGCCGUGGUGAACAGAAUCAUCCCAACCUCCAAUGGCUUCAUCGCCCCCACGAGACAUGGCUAUCUCAUCCGCGAGCGGUUCCAGUGCCCUUCGUCAAGGGCCUCGCAGCAGGACCCUCUCAAGAAUUUCAAGAGGGCCGUGUGGAAGGUCAAAUCCAGGCAGAGAGAAGAACUGGCAGCUGCCACAGGAGCCCUCCAGGACUCGAGAUCUGCAAGCGCCCAGGGAAGGGAGUGCAAAUUGAACAAACGCUCACAAGUCUGCCUGCUGGUGUAGAACACGCCCCAGCCCACCCCACGCCCGCCAUGGGGGCCUCGGACUCCAGCGACUCAGCCCCCAUCCAGCCUGGCUGAAGCAAAGAGAGUGUAUGUGUUGAUGUACAUCGGGAUCCAAAGCCUCGGAUGAUAUGACUCAGACCCUGUUUCUCACCAUCUUUCCGCUCCUCGCUCCUCCUUGUUGGCUGCGUUCCAAGACCUGCCACCCCCGGGUUAGCAACACGACGGCCAAGUUCAGCAGAAAAGAGGCCUUCCCUUUGCCAGCAGUCUGAACCAAAGCGCUGGCCCCGAUUCGAUUGGGCUCAUGCACCCGGCUCUGAGAGAAUGCGGCGCUGUGACUGGCCGGCCUGUCAGUGUCCGCUGGGGGCUGAGGAUGAAGUCAAUACCGCCCAACCGUGUAGCCCGAGUGUGGGAGGAUCUAUGCCCAGGUAUGGCACAGGGCAAAGGGAGGAUGGACGGAUGUAAGACUCACCAAACCACAGAGCUUUAUAAUGAACUUACACAGCAUCAGGUGCUAUUGUCUGGUCCUUACCACAGCCCACACUUCAGGGAGGGUAGGAGUUUCUGCAUCCAUUUCAUGGACAAGGAGACUGAGCCUUGGCAGGUAGCUGUGAUUUACUUAAGUUCACAAGCCUGGGGUGCAGGGCCUCUGAGAGAAGAGAGCCGGGAGCUUUCUCGUCUGAGUCCUAUUGGACCACCUCGCUCCAACUUUAGUCUCCAAAGCGUGACCAUCUGUACCACAGGUGACGCACUCAAAUGCCCACAGAGGCCAGUGGAAAAUCUAGAUGAUCGCCAGGCACCCAGGGGAGCAGCAGAGCGUGAUGGAGACCAUGGGGACGGGAGGAGGACAUGUGCUCUGCCCCGGGCGGGCAUGGGCACCCAGACUCUACCCCAGAAUGGCCGUGGGGAACGCUGCUCGUUGGUGCCAGCUUCCUGUUUCUCUAAACAAAGCCAGAAACCCAGAUUCUCAUGUCAAAUGCUUCCCCUUCUUAAAAGUUGGCGAUUGGCUCAAAUUCACCUCUCCAGGCACAUUUACCCUGUGUGUCUCUAGUUCAGGAGCUGACUUCAUGACUCAAGCCGGCAUGAGAUCAACACACUUGCUAUCCAGUUCUUGCAUCCUGACUCCUGGCUCACAAACUUCGAGGAUAAAGAUGUUCUUUUAUCUUAAAAACUGGAGCUCUUGGCACUGGAGGGGAAAAAGCUGCUGACAUCUCUUCCUGAGCUUUUGGACACAUCUCUUCCCCUUGCAAGUUCAACAGAUGAACUGUUUUCUGUUCUGCUAAAAUGGAUCUUUCUUCUUUGCCCACAGCCUUCUGAGAGCCCCGCUUGCUUCUGGGGCUUUUGCUAUAAAGAUAGCAAAGUCCGAACCUUGAAGGUCCUACGUGUGCUGUUCCCUCUCCUCUCUGUCGGAUUCCAGAUAGUUUCAGAACGAGCAACAUCAGAAACAGAGGCUUUUCAGUUAGGUGCGACCCUAUCGACUUUCUUAUUCAGUAAUUUCCCAAACUAGGGUUCCGAGGAGAGCUUUGGCAUUUCUGGUGAUACUCGUAUCAAAUCCCGUUUUUAAAAAAUAUUUUAAACUGUAAUUUAAAAAUGCCUGUUCGGCUGGGUUAGGAAGCAGGUUUUAAGGAUGCGGAGAUAACUAACUAAGGAUUCUCCUGAAGAUUUUGAGGGGAGCCCUUGAAGAAAACAGCGACUCAUUGCCACCUUACUUCUCUGUGAAUCAGAGCUUUUACCCAAUGCAGAAAUAAUAACGUGGAUGUUGUGACAGAGUUAUGAUUUCAGCUAAAACGUAGGGUUUCAAAUGUGUGUGCAUCUCAACAGCCUCAGUGAGAAUCCAUUGUUUUUACGUAAAUACUAAUUUGAACAGAAAUUUUACUAAUAAAACGCUACUCUGAAUUGUUGUAA